GACUCGCCGCUGGGCUUGGUGGGGUCUUUGGCGCUGAUAGGGGGGCGUUUGCUGCUGCAGCCGCUGCUGUCUUUGCUGCUGCUGUCUCCCGUCUUCUCUCCGCGACUUUUCUACAAAAAAUGGUUUUCUUGUCUUGUUGAUGCUUCCCGCUUCUCCGCCGGCGACGGAUUCAUCCUCAACAGACUCAUGCUCCUCGUUUCCGCGCUGCAACUGCUGUUCCCCCUCUUUGACCAGUCGCUGCACUUCCUGCUGGUGCCCGGGGGGGCCCCCGUGGGACCCUUUUUGGCAGCAAAGUUGGGGGGCCCCCUGUUUGCUGCUUUGCUGCAGAUGACCAUUUUGCUGGUGUUUCGAGACCCCACUUACGUGGCGGCUUGUCUUGUUUGCUUCUGCACUUUAAUUGUUUCUUUCUUCUUUUUGCUGCUGCCGCAGCAGCGAACUGUUGCUGCUUUUGUCACUAUGCUCGUCGCCUUUCUCUUCAUCGCCUUCACUUCCAGGGCCUUCUACACCCGGUGA